AUGAAGUUUAACAGAACUAAUUUACCUGCCAAGGGUGACGUUCAGGAUGUUCUCCAGCGGCCCAACUACAACAAGCUGAAGACCAAUCUCCGAUUGGCUCUGAAUCGUCUCAAACUGCUGGAAAAGAAGAAGGCGGAGCUGACGCAAAAGUCGAGGAAGGAGAUUGCCGACUACUUGGCCACGGGCAAGACGGAGAGGGCACGUAUUCGUGUAGAGCACAUUAUAAGGGAGGACUACCUGGUGGAAGCCAUGGAAAUGGUGGAAAUGUACUGCGACCUGUUGCUCGCCCGCUUCGGACUCAUCACACAGAUGAAGGAACUGGAUACAGGGAUCGCAGAGCCGGUGGCCAGCCUGGUGUGGGUGUGUCCCCGCCUCCAAAGCGACAUCGCCGAGCUAAAGAUCAUUUCUGACAUCUUUGUGAGCAAGUAUGGUCCGGAGUUCGCCGAGCACUCGCGCACGGCCACCGGAGAGCAUUUCGUAUCGGAAAAACUGAUGCACAAGCUCACGCUGCAGGCACCGCCAAAGCUGCUGGUGGAGAAGUACCUCAUAGCCAUAGCCAAGAACUACAACAUCGAGUACGAGCCGGAUCCGCAGGUCAUGCAGGAGGACCAGCCGCCGCAGCAGCAUCUGAUUGAUCUGUCCGAUAAGAAUAACCUAAGUGGGGGUCCCGGAGGCCCACCACCUCCGCAAAUGGGUUUUAUAGGGUAUCCGCAGGUGCCCCCGUUGCCCCAUAUGCCGGAGCCACCCAGCAGCAAGCCAUUUAACUAUCCACCUUUCGGAGGAGGUGGCGGAGGAGGCGGUGGAGCCUGUGCUGUCCCUCCACCCGUACAGCAGCCGCCGCCGCCGUUUGCCUACAACAUACCGCCGCAUCAGCCAGCGCCGCCUGCUGUCUUGCCUCCCAAAUGCUCAGAGGAGAAGGAUCUGAACACCAACUUUAUCAAUCGUGAAUCGAACACAACGGAUGACUCUGGCAGCCCGGAUGAGAACAUCUUGAAUGCCAACAAACCGAAACCUCAACCCCGAUCCAAGCUGCCACCGGGCAAUCCCCCAGCGCAGCAGCCCAGUGCUCCGCCGGCUUCCCUGGACUUCCCAUCGCUGCCCAAUGUACCCAACGAUUUGCCCGAUGUCCCGUCCGGGGGUGUGGAAAAGAAGAAGGACGAUGACGACGAGAUUGACUUCGAUGAGCUGUCGCGUCGCUUUGAGAACCUCAAGAAGCGGAAGUGAAGCGGUGGAAACUCAUUCAAUAAGCUACCUAUAUAUUUUAUACAGAUAAUCUCCUUUUCGGUUCUAUAAAGAUAGCCAGAUAUAUGUUAAAGAACUUCUAGUAAGCUAAUAUCCACUUGAAUUGUUA